AUGGGCGUUGUUUUUCCUUCUUAUCUUGUCGGCGUUACUAAUAGCAAAAUUAUACAGAAACAGCUGAUAGAUGUCGAAAACUCUUAUCUAACGAGAGUAUUGGGUUACGCCAAAAUCAGAUGGGUUUUGGUGGUGAUAGAUAGGAAGAUAGGUCGCGAAAAAGAUUAUAACCAGCGCCCGAGGGUAAAGCAGCGAGAGUUAGGGGUCGUUCUAUGGGAGGGUCGCGGCUUUUCGCGACGGGCCCCACCGUUAUCAGGAGCGAUGAAGGACAACAACAAUUGCCCAUUGGCCGUAGAGAAUAAUAACAGUUCAUUGCCUACCGGCGAACUGGCCCUGUUAGCAAAGCUGGAGGAGGCAAAUCGCCUCAUUGAAUCUGAUGCAAAAAGUUUAAAUUCAUUGUCAGGAAAUUCAGCAUCUGGACAUUCCAGGAAGAGUUCUGAUACAUCACAGAUAUCAUUAACUAGUGGAGCGAGUUCGGGCCACGACCGCGUGGAUUGCGCCGGUUCGGAGAAUGGCGGAGCGGGUUCCGGUCCGGGAUCCGCUCCGGGAUCUGGUGAAGAAGACCAAUGGUCUCUCUGGUCCAGGAUAGUAGCUGAUUGGGACGCGUACAACGCCGCAACUGGCAAACGAAAAACCUCCCUUGUACCCGUAGGAAGUGGAUCAGGUGGAGAUAGGAAUCAGCCUUGCAUAAAGGAACUGGUUAGAAAAGGAGUACCUCAUCAUUUCAGAGGUAUCGUUUGGCAGCUACUGUGUGGCGCACACGAUUCACCUGAUAAGAAGCAAUAUGCCGAAUAUAUUAAGGCAACGUCUGCUUGUGAGAAGGUAAUACGACGCGAUAUAGCUCGCACGUAUCCCGAACAUGAUUUUUUCAAAGAGAAAGAUGGUUUAGGACAAGAAAGCCUAUUUAACGUAAUGAAAGCGUAUUCUCUUCACGAUCGUGAAGUCGGAUAUUGCCAAGGAUCUGGUUUCAUAGUCGGCCUUUUACUCAUGCAAAUGCCAGAAGAAGAAGCAUUUGCUGUUCUGGUAAAAAUAAUGCAAGAGCACAGGAUGCGAGAUAUGUUCAAGCCAAGUAUGGCCGAACUUGGCUUAUGUAUGUUCCAAUUAGAAAGUUUGGUACAAGAUCAAAUUCCUGAACUUCAUGUACAUUUUCAGUCACAGGGCUUCCAUACAUCGAUGUAUGCAAGCAGUUGGUUCUUGACAUUAUUUACAACUGCACUUAGUUUACCAUUAGCAUGCCGAGUAAUGGAUGUAUUUCUAUCGGAAGGUAUGGAAAUUAUUUUCAAAGUGGCUCUUGCAAUGUUAGGACUUGCCAAAGCUGAUCUGCUGUGUUUAGAUAUGGAAGGCAUGCUUAAGUUUUUCCAAAAGGAAUUACCACCGCGUGCGGAAGCCGAUCCUGAAGGACUUAUGAAUAAUGCCUAUAAUAUAAAAAUUAAUUCGAAAAAGAUGAAGAAGCUUGAAAAAGAAUAUACCGUCAUCAAAACUAAAGAACAAGAAGAAAUGAUUGAGCUGAGAAGGCUCAGGAAUGAAAAUCGUCUUUUACGACAACGCAACGAGCUUUUAGAAGCCGAAAGCGCAGAAUUAGCCGAUAGGCUCGUUCGAGGACAAGUUAGCCGAGCUGAAGAAGAGGAAACAACUUACGUUGUUCAAAGGGAAUUGGCAGCUUUGAGGCAUACACACCUUUUAACCACACACCAAUUAGAAAAUGCUCAUGAAGAAAUACGAGCACUCAGUCUUAUGUUGCAGGAUCAAAAUAAUGCCGGAUCUUUAGAUUCUCAUACGUCUCGACAAUCGUCUUUGGAUGAACUGUCCAUGAAAGACGAAUCGUUAAAACAGAAAGAAGAAAUGGUGACUUGUUUACAGCAGGAGCUGGUCAAAGUGAGGCUACGCGAGGCCGAGAAUGACGCCUUGAUCCGCGACCUCAGAGCUAGGAUUAAUGAGCUUGAAGAGGAAAAGAAAAGUUUGCGAGAAACCACUCCUGAUAAUUCUGUAGCUCAUUUACAAGAAGAACUCAUUGCUGUUAAAUUGCGAGAAGCCGAAGCUAAUUUGUCUCUCAAAGAUUUGAGGCAAAGAGUUCAAGAAUUGGCUGCCCAGUGGCAGAGGCAUUUACAGGAGCACAAACAAGAAUCCAAUCCAGCUCCAGAUAGCACACCCAAGAAAUUACUUUUCUGGGAAAAUCGCGGAAACGAAACUCAAAAAUUAGAAGAAGAAUUGAUGACGACACGCAUUCGAGAAAUGGAGACGUUGACCGAGCUUAAAGAAUUGCGAUUAAAGGUAAUGGAAUUAGAAACUCAAGUACAAGUCUCUACAAAUCAAUUACGAAGGCAAGAUGAGGAAAAUAAGAAACUAAAGGAUGAAAUUGAAUCUGCCUUGACAAGGGAGAAGGAGCAGGCUGCUAAGAGCAAGGAACAGCAACAUAGAUAUACAGAUUUAGAAAGCAGGAUGAAAGAUGAGCAGAUGAUGGCAAAAAUACGUGAUGCCGAGCACGCCCAACACGUGGCGGAGCUGAUGCAAAAAAUUGGAGUUCUGCAAAUGAAGAAUGAAGAAAUGGUUGCAGAAGGCGAACUCCGUUGCAAUUUGGAUGACAGUGAUAAAGUUCGCGAGCUUCAAGAUAAAGUGGCCGAUCUCAAAGCCGAGGUCAUGAGGUUAGAGUCGUGGAAAGAGCAUUGGGUCGGAGGUUGUGUAACACCUCGGGUAAAUUCACUUCGCAGCCAAUCCUGGGAUAGUGAUACCAUGGAGGUAAAUGACAACCUCAAUGACGAAUUAAGACUUCAGAUGACUGGUUUAGACCACACAUCCAAUGCUUCAUCUGACAGCAUCUUCAAACCAGAAGAAGCUAAAAACCUUGAAAAUAAUUCCCAAAAUUUAUCAGAAGAAACUCCACAAAUCAUACCAGACACUAAGGAAAAUACCAAACUCACGCUCGAAGAGAACAAGCUUUUAGAUGUAAUAAAUGAACCAGAAAAAGUGUGAUGGAAACUCCAAAAAAGUGUAAUGAUACCAUUAUAUAU